AUGGGCUCAGUGGCAAAAGACGACAGCAAUGGGACGGCUAAACUAGCUGUCCCUAUCCCAGCUUCCACUCGCCGGCGAUUCGAGGCAGCGGGAAUAGAUCUUAGCAAUGGCUAUCCGAUGAAUCCAACGGACUUUGAGUAUCUCCAAGAUGCCGAAGCCAAGGGAGAUCAAAAGCAUCCGUAUAAUGAUGCUGGUUUACGAGCCGACCCCGAAAAGAAGGCGCUUUUAGGUGCUGCCAAGGAAGUCAAACAUAUAAACGCCCAUAUUGGAACCGAAAUCGUGGGACUGCAGCUCAAAGACCUCAACGACAAGCAGAAGGAUGAGCUGGCUCUCUUGGUCGCCGAACGUGGUGUUGUGUUUUUCCGAGACCAGAAUCUCUCUCCCCAAGAGCAAAUGGCGUUGGGCGAGUAUUGGGGAGAGCUCUUUCCACAAGGGCCUUAUGUGCCGGGUUAUCCCAACAUAACAACCAUCUGGACGGAUUACUUUGCCAAGACAAUUCGCAAGGCCACAUAUCGUCAACCGUUUCAAGGAUUCCACACUGACAUGGUGCAUGAGCGCCACCCCCCAGGCUACACUCACCUUCACAAAGACGCUGUUCCAGACGUUGGAGGCGACCUCCUUUGGGCGAGUGGCUAUGCCGCAUACUCCAAGCUCUCGCCGGCUUUCCGUCAGUUCCUGGAUGGGAAGAAGGCGGUUUUUGUCUCAAAGGAAAAGUACUUUGACCGCAACAAUCCGAGCUCUGGGCGGAUUCAUUCCGUAACAAGGGCUCACCCCAUUGUCCGAGUGCAUCCUGUGACAGGAUGGAAAAGCUUGUACAUAGCCCACGGCUGGGUAUCUCACAUCGAGGGACUGGAUAAGAAAGAAAGCGACCUCAUAUUGGGCUACUUGCGGGACAUUUACGAAAAUAAUGUCGAUAUUCAAGCCCGAUUCAAAUGGACGGCCGGCAGCUCUGCAAUUUGGGAUAAUAGAUGUACUCUUCAUACGGCAAGUUGGGACUACGAGAAUGCUGCAGAGAGACAUGGAACCAGAGUUACAACGCUCGCAGAGGAACCGUUUUUUGAUGACAAGGCAAUCACGAGGAGACAAGCACUGGGUCUAGAAGACGAUUAA